AUGAACACCUUGUUUUUUACAGACGCUACGGAUGAAGAUAUGAAGAAAUUCGAAAACUCUCUAGCAGAUAUUCUGAAGAAACUGGAUUCCUUGGAAUUAAAGCAAAGAGCACAAGCAUCUUGCUACUGUUUACCACCCGGGGAGUUUAAUCUUAUGAAGAAACAACUUGACAACGCCAGAGCGAUUUACGAAGAAGGCUCAACACACCAUGCCAUGGAGGCUGCCAUAAACAACACACCAAGCGGGUCUAACAACGCAAGAGAGACUGGUACACCAAGCGGGUCUAACAACGCAAGAGAGACUGGUACACCAAGCGGGUCUAACAACGCAAGAGAGACUGGUACACCAAGCGGGUCUAACAACGCAAGAGAGACUGGUACACCGAGCGGGUCUAACAACGCAAGAGAGACUGGUACACCGAGCGGGUCUAACAACGCAAGAGAGACUGACACACCAAGCGGGUCUAACAACGCAAGAGAGACUGACACAGCAAGCGGGUCUAACAACGAAAUAGAGACUGACACAGCAAGCGGGUCUAACAACGCAAGAGAGACUGACACACCAAGAAGGUCUAACAACGCAAGAGAGACUGACACACCAAGAAGGUCUAACAACGCAGGAGAGACUGGUACACCAAGCGGGUCUAACAACGCAAGAGAGACUGGUACACCUAGCGGGUCUAACAACGCAAGAGAGACUGAUACACCAAGAAGGUCUAACAACGCAAGAGAGACUGACACACCAAAAGGGGCUAACAAAACAAGAGAGGGUGACGCACCAAAAAGGUCUAACAACAUUACAGAAAAGACCUGUCUAUCACAUCCGGGUUACUCUUACCUGGAAGACAGUCUAUGCUUCCGGUUCAGCGCAUUCAAAGACGUUCGGAACUGGAAAGCUAGCCGGAAGACUUGUCAGGAAGAUGGGGGCGACCUGAUGACGUUUUACAGGCAAAGGGAAGUUGACGUCAUGGUGAAAUACCUCAACGGUCUUGGCGAGUCGGCGUACGAUUCCGUGUCUCCCAUGUUGAAGGCUUGGGUGGGUAUGAGGCGGGUGGCUGGGAAGUACCAGUGGGUGACGGACAGUACGUUCUCUGGGGGGUGGGGACAAGGGGAGCCGCUGAACUUAAGCGUCUACAAGUGCGUCUCAUUCAUGUACGACGGCAUCGGGGACGGCCUGUGCACGCCACGUCUCCGCUACCUUUGUAGGAUCAGAACCGAUUCAACAUCGCCUACACAAGGCGACGCAAAAUAA